AUGUGGGAGGUGGACAAACUUGGAAUUCGUGAUUUAUUUGUUAACACUAUAACUAGUAACACAGCUGAAGGUCUUAAUUAUGUAUACAAGGAAAUGAUACAAUUUCAUACAAUUAGCAUCGAUAGAGUGCUAAUGGUCAUGAAAUUAUUAUGUGAUUUUUAUGUAGCAGAAACUAAUCGUGGAAUGUGUGGGAUGGGUACGUAA